AUGGUAUCAUCGCAGAAUAUUAUUACAAUACACAUUCACAUUUUAAUUGUUAAGUGGUUCAUGGAUAUUGAUCCCUUCUGGAUUACUGGGGGGUGGCUCAUAAUUACCGAUUUUAACUUCAUGGCACCAGCUAGAAAAUCACCACUGUGCAGAACCACAACAAAAUUACAAGCUAUGGUGCUUUUUCUUGAUCUUCUCUUGAUUGUCCCUCUCCUUGCUCGUCCCAUAGAUUUAUCCAAGAAACUCACGGCGGCUUCCUCACCUACAGGAACAAAACAUUCUGCCACAGAAAUGCAUCCACGUGAAUCAAAGUAUGCACCACCUUCUAGUACCACUGCCGCCGCUGAUAUGACAAGCAGGACCACCACCACAGUUCCUACCACUCCCGCAGUUUCUGCUUCAAAUCAACAGUUUAAAGCCGCUGCCCAUGAAGUACCUAGUGGUCCAAAUCCCGAAUCCAAUUAA